AUGUGGCUGUUACGCGCGGACGACGCGGCCCUAGUGCGUUUCAACAGCCCAGAAGACGUCCCCGAGGGAUACGCCAUUCUCUCGCACGUCUGGGGCGAUCAGGAAGACAGCUUUCAGCAAGUUCAGCUUCUCAACUCUCAGUCUUUUCAGCCGGGUUGCAGCACGCGAGAUCUCCUCUCUCCCAAGAUCCGCAUGUGCUGUAUGCUGGCCGAGAGCUACGGCUACCGCUGGAUCUGGGCCGACACAACCUGCAUCAACAAGGAGAGCAGCGCAGAGCUAUCGGAGGGCAUCAACUCUAUGUUCAGCUACUACGCCGCAUCCCAGAUCUGCGUCGUCUACCUCCAUGACGUGUCCAGCGAUGGCGAGCCCUGGCUCCCCGGCUCGGAUUUCCGAAGAAGUAGGUGGCAUACGCGCGGAUGGACUUUGCAAGAACUCCUCGCCCCGGAGAUGGUUGUAUUUCUGUCCAGAGAGUGGAAGGUGCUCGGGACGAAGGCCAGUCUUGCGACGCUUAUCUUCGAGAUCACCACCAUCCCGGUGAGCGUCCUCAAGUUCAAGACUGAUGUGACGAGCAUCAGCAUUGCACAGCGCAUGUCGUGGGCUUCGCGUCGCCAAACGACCCGGGAAGAAGACGCGGCGUACUGUCUUCUUGGUCUCUUCGGCGUCACUAUGCCCCCUCUGUACGGGGAAGGUUACAGGGCGCUGCACCGUUUGCAGGAGGAGCUCAUGAAGACCUCGAGUGAUACAUCCAUAUGGGCGUUCGGGGUCGACCCUGUACCCUCCAAGAGUCUCCAAGCGUUGCGCUCCCUCAACACGACAUUCCACUUAGUCACAAGGAGAUCCACGGAUCCCAUUCUACCUAUUUUCUUGCCAAUGGUACAGACCUAUUCCACUCUUAUAAUCGGAUCGGAGGGGUUUUGA